AGUGGGGAACGUUUAGCGGACGCACUUCUGUCUCUCUUUGCGUACACGUCAUUCAUUUCCUUGCAGUUUGAUUUCUAGGAUUUCUGUGCACAUUUCGAGCAGAAAUCAUGUCUAACUCGGUAUUUUCUGUCUUAUCGCGUUUUGUGGAGGAGUACAGGAGCAGCACAUCGAAUAAGCUGAAGAUGAUCGACGCUUAUCUGCUGUAUAUUUUACUGACAGGAGUGUUUCAGUUCCUGUACUGUGUGCUGGUGGGAACGUUUCCCUUCAACAGCUUCUUAUCUGGAUUCAUUGCAUGUGUGGGAUCCUUCAUACUGGCUGUCUGUCUUCGCAUCCAGAUCAACCCUCAGAACAAAGGAGAUUUCCUGACGGUCUCUCCUGAGAGAGCGUUCGCUGACUUCCUCUUUGCUCACACUGUUCUGCAUCUAGUGGUUGUCAAUUUUGUUGGCUGAAUGAGAGCGUCUUACAGCAGAUAUGAAGACCAAAUGCUGUAGAACAACUACAAACAUCUCUCAAUGUUAAUAUAUGUUUUGACAGAAUUGUCGUUUAUGAUCAGUUCUUGUCUUGUUCCUUAAUUUUUCUACUUUUGUAAAACUUUCUGAAAGUUACUGAAAGAGAAUAAAUGCCUUUAAAAACAA